UUAUUCCUUCUGUGUUUUUAAUUUUUUAAAAAACAUUAUAUGUUCUAAAGAACGAGCUGCACAAAAUGUUGGCGGCUGAUGACCUUUCAGCUUAGAUUUCAAAUGUAGAAGAAAGAUUCAAAGUGCUAUCACUGUGUAUCUGAGAAGGAUGGGGCAGAUUUCAUUUUACCCUGUAGUCUCCCUCAGUGCAUGCACGGAUUUAUCUGUACGCUAAGCUCUCUGCUCUGCAUCUGUAGCUCCUUGUGGAUUAUAUUGUCUCUGUGAUCAGAAAUGAUUUUCUCGGAUAUGAACACCGUUUCUGGCUCCCCUAAAGUGCAUCCUCCUAAUGGGACCCGGUUUUACACUUUUCAAGAAUUUGCUGCACUGACAAAGGAAUUAAAUGCCUGCAGAGAACAACUUCUAGAAAAGGAAGAAGAAAUCUCUGAACUUAAAGCUGAAAGAAACAACACAAGACUGUUACUGGAGCAUUUGGAGUGCCUUGUGUCACGACAUGAAAGAUCACUAAGAAUGACGGUGGUAAAACGGCAAGCCCAGUCCCCCUCAGGAGUAUCCAGCGAAGUUGAAGUUCUCAAGGCACUGAAAUCUUUGUUUGAACACCACAAGGCCUUGGAUGAAAAGGUAAGGGAGCGACUGAGGGUUUCUUUAGAAAGAGUCUCUGCACUGGAAGAAGAACUAGCUGCUGCUAAUCAGGAGAUUGUUGCCUUGCGUGAACAAAAUGUUCAUAUACAAAGAAAAAUUGCAUCAAGUGAGGGAUCCACAGAGUCAGAACAUCUUGAAGGGAUGGAACCUGGCCAGAAAGUCCAUGAAAAG